UUUGCUUAUGACCGGCACUGUUUUUAGAUUUGAUAAAAGCAGCCCGCUUGAUUAAAUAGUAGUCAUUAUGGUAGAUUGUAUGAUUCAGUAAUAUUCGUAAAUCAUAAAAAUGCGACAAGCUCAUCAAUUCGUGUACAUUCUGUUAUAUUUGCAACUUUUUAUAUGCAAUGGAUUCAUAUUCGCUGACGUUUCAUCAAAAAAAAUUAUCAGCAAUGUAAAGAAUAAAAUAUCCAUUAAUGAACAGAAAUGCAAUUCUGAUGAUGAAUGUACAGUAACAGAUAGUGUGUGUAGCAACGGUUUGUGUAAAUGUGCACCCGGAUAUAUUCUUAGCGCCGAUCUGACAUCUUGUAUUAAAGUUGCUACUGGACUUAAUGCGCCGUGUAACGAAACAGCGCAGUGUUCGGCUUAUCUUUUCAGCGGAGCACAAUGCGUAAAAGAUGUCUGCGUAUGUGGUCCCGGUUAUUAUUAUCUACACGGUAAAUGUAAUCGAUAUGUCGGUUUGUUCGAGAAAUGCAAGAAAAAUAUCGAUUGCUACGUAAACGCCGAGUUCGAAGCAAGCAUUUGUGACACAAUUGACGGAAUUUGUAAAUGUAACUCUGAUUUUUAUCAGCGCGAACAUCGCACUUGUCGGCGAAAGGGCAAAGCCGUUAACGAUGAAUGCAUAUUGGACAUCGAUUGCACUUUUAUCAACGCGACAUGCACUAGUGAAUACGUAUGCGCUAUAAAAUCUGAAUCCGAUAAAGCUGUUGCAUUUUCGUCUGAUGCCGUAUUGAAUAUCAGCGAUACCGUAGAUAAAGAAAUUCAAGUGAGUAAAUGUAAAACCGACGAGGAUUGCAAAGCCCUGGAAAAUACGAUAUGUGAUCCUACUGGAAUAUGUCGUUGUAAGCGUGCACAUUUUGUGCCUGAUGCGGAGAAAGAUACCAAAUGUAUUCCAGAACUCGGAGAAUCCUGUCAAGAAUAUGACGUCAACGACCAUGCUUAUAUAGAAAAAUCUAUUUGUCGAAAAGGAAAAUGGAGUUGUACAAAUGGCACGGUUGCGACUAAAGAUAAUCGCAAAUGUCGUAAAGGUGAUACCGACUCGUGCGUACCAAUAUUAUCGUUCGGCGAAUCAUGUUCACUGGAUAUUCAGUGCUCUGUCAAUGUAACGGACGCGAUUUGUGCGAGCAAAAACAAUAUCACAGAUACAAUAGAAUUGCCAAAAACAGCAGAAAACAAAACUUGUACUUGUAGCAAAGAAAACCACUACAAAUUCGGAAAAUGUUUUAAGAAAAAAUUUCUUGGUGAAACUUGCGCAAAUCUGGGUGAAUGUUACGAAACCGUAAAUCAAGGAAUAAUAGUCUGCAAGAAGGGAAAAUGCGCAUGUGAUUCGGGUUACAUGAAAUUUGACAACAGUACCUGCGUGAGAGAUACGCAAUCCCCUUUUUUGUCAAACGGUAGUGUAAUUAACGGCGUGCCUACGGAGCUGUUUUUAAUUGUACUUUUUAUAUUUUCUUGUAAACUUAUUUAAAUUUUG